AUGCAAUCACUGUGUCCAAUGGAGGCCGAAUCAUGCGCUCCUGGGAGACUAACAUCGGGGGCCUGAACUGGGAGAUUACCUUAGACAGUGGCAGGGGAAGAAACCACUGAAGAGCCAGAGAGCAUCAAACACCCAGUUUUUGAUGUUCUUGAGGUUAUGGGACACAUGUGCUUACUCAGCCAGCAUUUAUUGAGCACCUGUCAGAUGCAGAGCUCUGUGCUGGGUGCUGUGUUCAUUCUCGUGUUGACUGCUUUUCCUAAUCUUACCAUGACACAAGAGCUUUGCAAUGUUCUAGAUAUAAGGAUGUGAUAUAACACAUCUAGUGCUUUAAUUUUAUGUUGAAGAACAGUUGGAGCUAUUGUUACAUCUUUGCUAAAGUUGUUUAAAUUAUAGGGUUUACUUGCAUUAGCUUAUACAUCUUUUGGUAGUAAUUCAUUUGGUAAGUACUUGGGGAGCCCCCAGGCAGUGGGAACCCACUUGUGAAUGUGAGAUAGUUUCCAUCAUCAAGGAACUCAUCACCAGUUGGGUGAGGCGGGCGUGCAGCCCACUAAUGACAGAACUGUCUGAUGGCUGCCGCGGGAGAGGGUAGGCCUGGUUGCUGUGAGGUCCCAGGGGAAGGAGGGAACGACCCUUAGGAGAUUCACAGGGGUUUCAGGGAAACAGUACAGCCAAGUGGCUGAAAGUACAGUCUCUCAAGUCAGCUAGUGGAGAGCAGAGCCAAGAUUAGGAUCCAGAUGCAUUUGACCCCAAAACCUGUUUCAUUACCUACCGAGCUAUGGUGGUUGUGUUCCGGAUUGUCCAGCCUGAGGCCCAGGAGGUUCUGGGCAGCGCUCACCCCGGCCCUGUGCUCAGUUUCCAGGCACUUGGGCUGGUAGGCCUGCAGGAGUCAGUGAGGUACAUUGCCGUCCUGAAGAAGACCACUCUCGCCCUCCAUCACCUCUCCAGUGGGCACCUAAAGUGGGUGGAACAUCUCCCGGAAAGUGACAGCAUCCAUUACCAGAUGGUGUAUUCCUACGGCUCUGGGGUCGUGUGGGCCCUCGGAGUUGUUCCCUUCAGCCAUGUGAACAUUGUCAAGUUUAACGUGGAAGAUGGAGAGAUUGUUCAGCAGGUCAGGGUGUCGACUCCCUGGCUGCAGAGUCUCACCAGAGCCUGCGGUGUGGUGGAUGAGGCUGUCUUGGUAUGCCCUGACCCGAGCUCACGGUCCCUCCAGACCUUGGCCCUGGAGACGGAGUGGGAGUUGAGGCAGAUCCCGCUGCAGUCUCUUGACCUAGAAUUUGCAAGUGAAUUCCAACCCCGGGUCCUCCCUACACAGCCCAACCCAGUGGAUCCUACUCGGCCCCAGUUCUUCCUGCAGCUGUCUCCAAGCCACUAUGCGCUGCUGCACUACCACCACGGCGUCCUGAGUCUGCUCAAGAACUUCCCACAGACUGCCCUAGUGAGCUUUGCCACCACCGGGGAGAAGACGGUGGCUGCAGUCAUGACCUGUCGGAAUGAGGCGCAGAAGCCUAGCAGUUCUGAAGAUGGGUCAACGGGGAGCUUUUCGGAGAAGUCUGGUCCACAGGACUCGCUGGCUUGCUUCAACCAGACCUACACCAUUAACCUCUACUUAAUGGAGACAGGUCGGCGGCUGCUCGACACCACGAUCACCUUUAGCCUGGAACAGAACGGCACUCGGCCCGAGCGCAUGUACAUCCAGGUCUUCCUGAAGAAGGACGACUCCGUGGGCUACCGGGCCUUGGUACAGACGGAGGAUCACCUGCUACUUUUCCUGCAGCAGCUGGCAGGGAGGGUGGUGUUGUGGAGCCGCGAGGAGUCCCUGGCAGAGGUGGUGUGCCUGCAGAUGGUGGACCUCCCCCUGACGGGGGCGCAGGCCGAGCUGGAAGGGGAAUUUGGCAAGAAGGCAGCCAUUCAAGACGGCUUAUUGGGCAUGUUCCUGAAACGCCUCUCGUCCCAGCUCAUCCUGCUACAGGCAUGGACCUCCCACCUCUGGAAAAUGUUUUACGAUGCUCGGAAGCCCCGGAGUCAGAUUAAGAAUGAGAUCAACAUUGACACCCUGGCCAGGGAUGAAUUCAACCUGCAGAAGAUGAUGGUGAUGGUGACGGCCUCAGGCAAGCUUUUUGGCAUUGAGAGCAGCUCUGGCACCAUUCUGUGGAAACAGUAUCUCCCCAGCGUCAAGCCAGACUCCUCCUUUAAACUGAUGGUCCAGAGGACUACUGCCCAUUUCCCCCACCCCCCGCAGUGCACCCUCCUGGUGAAGGACAAGGAGACGGGAAUGAGUUCGCUCUAUGUCUUCAAUCCCAUUUUUGGGAAGUGGAGUCAGGUGGCCCCCCCAGUGCUGAAGCGCCCCAUCUUGCAAUCUUUGCUCCUCCCCAUCAUGGAUCAAGACUAUGCCAAGGUGCUGCUGUUGAUAGAUGAUGAGUACAAGGUCACAGCUUUCCCGGCCACUCGGAAUGUCCUGCGACAGCUCCAUGAGCUCGCCCCUUCCAUCUUCUUCUAUUUGGUGGACGCGGAACAGGGACGGCUGUGUGGCUAUCGACUUCGAAAGGAUCUCACCACUGAGCUGAGCUGGGAGCUAACCAUUCCCCCGGAGGUGCAGCGCAUCGUCCAGGUGAAGGGGAAGCGCAGCAGUGAGCACGUUCACUCGCAGGGCCGAGUGAUGGGGGACCGAAGCGUGCUCUACAAGAGCCUGAACCCCAACCUGCUGGCCGUGGUGACAGAGAGCACAGAUGUUCACCACGAGCGCACCUUCAUCGGCACCUUCCUUGUGGACGGCGUCACCGGGCGCAUCAUCCACUCCUCCGUGCAGAGGAAGGCCAAGGGCCCCGUCCACAUCGUGCACUCGGAGAACUGGGUGGUGUACCAGUACUGGAACACCAAGGCCCGGCGCAACGAGUUCACCGCGCUGGAGCUCUAUGAGGGCACCGAGCAGUACAACGCCACGGCCUUCAGCUCCCUGGACCGCCCGCAGCUGCCCCAGGUCCUCCAGCAGUCCUACAUCUUCCCCUCCGCCAUCAGCGCCAUGGAGGCCACCAUCACCGAGAGGGGCAUCACCAGCCGACACCUGCUCAUUGGGCUGCCUUCCGGAGCAAUUCUUUCCCUUCCUAAGGCCUUGCUGGAUCCCCGCCGGCCCGAGAUCCCAACAGAACAGAGCAGAGAGGAGAACCUGAUCCCGUAUUCUCCAGACGUACAGAUCCACGCAGAGCGGUUCAUCAACUAUAACCAGACAGUUUCUCGAAUGCGAGGUAUCUAUACAGCUCCCUCGGGCCUGGAGUCCACUUGUUUGGUUGUGGCCUACGGUUUGGACAUUUACCAAACUCGAGUCUACCCAUCCAAACAGUUUGAUGUCCUGAAGGACGACUAUGACUAUGUGCUAAUCAGCAGCGUCCUCUUUGGUCUGGUCUUUGCCACUAUGAUCACUAAGAGACUGGCACAGGUGAAACUCCUGAAUCGUGCCUGGCGGUAAAGACCUGAGACCCACUGCCGGAGAGCAGAGAGCCAAGGGGAGUGAGGGGCAGACAAGACGCUGCAGCUGCAGUUUGACAGGUCAGAGGAGGAUGUGUGUUGGACACUCAUCUCAGUUAAGAGCUCUUUGGAAGAAGAUGGGCUCUCGUGGAGACUCCUUUUGGGAUACGUCUGAUGCGGAGUCAUUGGUGGUGGAUGGAGGCUGAACUCACUCUCUGAGCCGAGAUCUCAAAGCAUCUUGCUGGACUUUCCCACGGAGUCCCAAGGCCAUCGCCGUUUCCCUUCUGUGCCCAUCCAUGAAUGUUGUGUUUUUUUAAGACCUCCAACAGAUUUUUCUCUUUUGUGAGGCCUGUUUAAAUUGAUGUUCGUUUGCCUUCUGUUUCCCGGGUGUAUCUGGAAGGCCUUCUGAUUGUUCCCCUGCUCCUUGCUUCAAAGUCGGAAGGGAACUCUUAUUGACAACUCCACCUUAUAGGUGCAUUUGCUGUUUUACACUGGGGAGAAAGAGGAGCCAUCCUUAGCUGAAGUUUGAGGACUGAUGCAGCCUCUCAUGGCUUCUCUCCAAAGUAACUUUGGGUCGAGGAGUCUAUGUGUGUGUCGAAACUUGCCUCUCGUUGCAUGCUCCCAUUCAUCCAUGGGCCACCCAGUCUUAGGUUCAGUUUAUUGAAAGCCAGGUGCACGACACUGCCUUGGUUUGUUGGUCAUCGUCAUCCGAGCUUUUCGCCUCAGAUGUGUCAGAGCCGAGGCCUUUUCAAUCUACUGAACUGUCUGAACCUUGAAGAGAUUUCAAGGGAGGAAGGCAAAUCUGCCUGUUUCACAGUCCCUCAUAAUCUCUCCUUUCGCCCACAAGCUGGUCUAGUCAUCUUAGAACCUAGAUAGAGAAAGUUGUUCUUUUUUAAGAACCUCAUUAUUUUUAGUUAUAAAUUGUGUGGAUUACUAUACUUCUCUUAAAAUGAGCAGAUUUUAAAUCUUAUCUUUAAAAAAGGAAGAGAGAAAAGGGUAGGGGUAGGAAACUGGCAUCUUGUGGGUAGCAUUGUUGAUUGGCUGGGCUGUUGUCUCUGCUACAAACUAAAGAUGUCCUAAAAAUUUUCCCUUGUUCAUGGAUUUGGGGAAUGAUGGCGUUUUUCUUUACUGUGAAGAAUGAAAUGUACAGAGAGCCCUGUUGGGAGAGAGAUGCGUUUGUUUAAGUGUUUGAAUAAAGUGAAUGACGAACGACA